AUGAUUACUUUAUGCUAUUUAUUGAGCUAAAUUUAUGGAAAAUCAUUUAUUACUAUCAUUUAAACCAUUCUUACCAUGAAAUGCUUAAUAUUUCUAGUUCUCUCAGUAAGCCUUGCUUAUGGAGCAAGAGUAUUUACUCAACGAAAUGUUCAUCCAUUGUCUGAUGUGAUGAUCGAUCGAAUCAACUCUAUUGGAACAACAUGGAAGGCUGGACGUAACUUUGAUGAAUCUUCAUUACCAUAUGUUAAGAGACUUUUAGGAGCUAAAAGAGGUUCAUCCAAAAAGCUGAGACAAGUGCAUCACGAAAUCAAUGAAGUGUUACCAGAAAGUUUUGAUGCUCGUGAAGCUUGGCCCAACUGUACCCAAAUCAGGACAAUCAGAGACCAAGGAAACUGUGGAAGUUGUUGGGCUUUUAGCUCAGUCGAAGCUAUGUCUGAUCGUAUUUGUAUCGCCUCUAAUGGUGCACUCCAAGUAUCAUUAUCAUCACAAGAAAUGGUUGCUUGUGCUGAUCUCGGUGGUUGUGGUGGUGGAUGGCCAGAAUCUGCCUAUGAAUAUUAUCAAACUGAAGGUCUUGUUACUGGUGGCCUUUAUCAUGGUGAUGGUUGUAUGCCUUACGUUUUCGAGCCUUGUAUGCAUCACAUUAAAGGGCCUAUCCCAACUUGUCCUGAAACUUAUAAACCAACACCUCCAUGCUCAAGGAAAUGUGCUGCUGGUUAUAAGAAAACAUUUGCAGAGGAUAAACAUUAUGGCCAGGAACCUUAUACCAUUUCAUCCGAUCCAAAGCAAAUCAUGAAGGAAAUCAUGACAAAUGGUCCAGUUACUGUAGAUUUCACUGUCUAUGCAGAUUUCCCUAAUUAUAAGUCAGGCGUUUAUCAAAAGACUACUGACGAUGCGCUUGGUGGUCACGCAGUUAAGAUAAUUGGCUGGGGAACUGAGAAUGGUGUCGAUUACUGGUUAGUUGCAAAUUCUUGGAACACAUAUUGGGGCGAUAAAGGUUACUUCAAGAUCAGGCGAGGAAAUGAUGAAUGUGGCAUCGAAGACGAUGUCGUUGCUGGAUUACCGAAACUUUGAAUGUUCAAAUUGAAUGAAUUGCCUGGAUGAAUUGCACUGAAAUCAAUUUCUUGAAGUUUUUAGUUUAAUAAGUAGCUAUACGUGAUUGUUACAUAUAUUAUAUUAUUGUUGAUAUGACAAAGAAAGCAUGAAAACUAACCGUAGCAUUACAAUUAAAAAUAUCUGAAGAUAAAAAGUUCGUA